CUGUGCUUGAACAACCAUCCACUUCUGCUGAUAACGAUCGGGACACAUUAUUACCAUGCUGGCCCCAGCGUUGUUAAAAAAAAAAAAGAUAAAAUGUUUAGUGCUGGUUUGAGGAAGCCUAACUGUCUAUGAGGAUAUCAUUAAAAACAUUUUUUUUUAAAAAUCGGAUUCGAAUCCGCCAAGGUAAAAAGGAUGUUUAAUGGACGUGUCUUUUAAAUUGACAUGGCCAUUAGAUUUUUCAGUAGUGGUUUUUUUUUUUCGUUUUUUUUUUGGUUUGUUUCUUUGAUUUAUUUCUUGAUUUUUGUGUGUGGAGCCUUUUGUCAAGUAAGUUAAAACUACUGUCAGCCGGAUGUGAAAAUACAAACUAAGCGAACAGUUUCUAUUACAAUUUAAAUGCAAUGACGUUUGCUGUUCAAGUUAAUUAAUUGAAGCGCAUAUUCUAUUUCAAAGACGGUGCUUGAAAAUGUGCCGUUCGACAAGGUCCUGUUGAAUUAAAGCCAUUUGUUAGUACAGCUUUGUGCAUUGCGAUGAACUUGAAAAUGUAUAUGUAGAUUUGAAGAAAAAAAGUCGACUUUCGUAUUUGCACAUUUAUUUUUUAAAAAAAAGAAGACAUUUUGUGAGCGCGUCUCAACAAAGGUAUUUAAAGUAUUUAAAGUAUUUAAAGUAUUUAAAGUAAAGUAUUUAAAGUCUUUAAAGUAUUUAAAGUCUUUAAAGUAUUUAAAGUCUUUAAAGUAUUUAAAGUCUUUAAAGUAUUUAAAGUCUUUAAAGUAUUUAAAGUCUUUAAAGUAUUUAAAGUCUUUAAAGUAUUUAAAGUCUUUAAAGUAUUUAAAGUCUUUAAAGUAUUUAAAGUCUUUAAAGUCUUUAAAGUAUUUAAAGUCUUUAAAGUAUUUACAGUAUUUAAAGUCAGCCAAUUAUUAUUAUUAUAUGUGUUCUUUAAAGAUGCCCACAUGGGGCAGUGGAGAAGUUAUUCAGAUUAACAUACGAAAAUGUCAACCGCAUAAAUUAUUUUAAGAUUAUAUCAAAUUGAAACACAAUAGAAGCUUGUACAAUUUGUGCACUUUAAAAAAAAAUGUAUCUGUAAAGAAAAAAAUACCUCGAGCCAAAUUUUGUUUAAUUUUGAUUUUUUAAAAGCACACAUGAAUUAAUAUGCUCAUGUGUUUAAUAUAUUUUAGGACAUGAUCAACACUAAAUAAUUAAAAGCACUCAGACCGGUUUGAAUUUAUCCUCAUGGUUAAGAGAUUCAUGGCGGGUAUCUGGAGAGCAGAAUUUCUCCCGAUGGUGAUCCUCUUACCGGAACUGGUUUCAGAGUCUUGCGUUGCCGGUCUACGAAUCACGAAUAAUUUUUUUUUUUAUCUAAUAAAAAUUUAAUUACAUAGAUACGGCACCGGUCGCUAUUAAAAUAAAACUUGGAGAUACAAUGUCUUAAAGCACGAACGUAGUCUUAACAUAAUGCUCCCUUGAAUAUCCUCCCUGAUCUUUGCUGUCAAUAGUGUGACAAAAAAUCCGUUAAAAAUAUACAACUGUAGUUAUUUAAAAAACGAAAAAAAAACAAUAUCAACAUUACACCUCACAGUACUGUGUCAUUUAAAACUGAUUCAACCUUAUCGGUAUUUCGACUACGGCGUUGGCAUAAUUUAACAUUGGGUUUUAAGACCUUAAUCUACUAUCAGGUUUUCUAAUGACGUGAUAACAAGCUCAGCCAAACAAAUUGCUGCAUGUGUUGUUGUUUUUGUUAAAGAUAUUUCAUGUCUAUCAUUAACAAUAUAUCAAUAAACAAGGAGACGAAUGACUGCCUAUCGGGAGACUAAGUUUUUAAUAUCUAGGACUUUAAGUAAACACAAUGACUUUUUAAGUCCAAAAAAAAAAAAAUGGGUAAAAAAUAAAAAUGCAGAGAGUAUCGCCAAGCAUGGAAACGAAGAGCAUCUGUUCGGUUUGAGUGGAAGGAUAUUUUGCGGCAGGUCCAAGCCCAUAUGGGCUGUAGGGCCACAUAGAUGGCAGUAAGGAUGUGUUGAGGCAGGCCAAAGCCCCAUGUGGGCUGUAGGAUCACAGGGAUGAAUGGAAGGAUGUGUUGAGGCAGGCCAAAGCCCCAUGUGGGCUGUAGGAUCACAGGGAUGAUUGGAAGGAUGUGUUGAGGCAGUCCAAAGCCCCACGUGGGCUGUAGGGCCACAGGGAUGGAUGGAAGGAUGUGUUGAGGCAGGCUAAAGCCCCACGUGGGCUUUAGGGCCACAGGGAUGAAUGGAAGGAUGUGUUGAGGCAGGCCAAAGCCCCGCGUGGGCUGUAGGGCCACAGGGAUGGAUGGAAGGAUGUGUUGAGGCAAGCCAAAUCCCUACAUGGGCUGGAGUGCCACAGGGAUGGAUGGAUCCACAUAGUUCCAAAGCAAAAUGUCCAAUGUGUGGUCACAAGUUAUUAUGCGAAACGAUACAUGGUAUGUAAUGAGCACCACUGAUCUUAAGCCCAUGUCUGCCACUGAUCUUAAGCCCAUGUCUGCCACUGAUCUUAAGCCCAUGUCUGCCACUGAUCUUAAGCCCAUGUCUGCCACUGAUCUUAAGCCCAUGUCUGCCACUGAUCUUAAGCCCAUGUCUGCCACUGAUCUUAAGCCCAUGUCCACAUUUCUUAAAUCAUAUUCUUACCUACUAAGAAUUUUGUAGUUUUAAAAAAAAAUUGCUGUUCACUUAAAAAAUGUUAACACGCUCGACUUAAAGACUCUAUACCGUCAAUUUUCGUUUUGAAGGUUGCAACAUAGUUUUCGGGUAAAGAAUUGUAGCUACUUCUUAAGCUGAUAUUGAGUUUCUAUUUAGAGGAUUUACUGUGUUAUGAUCAAGUGAUGUAGAGUUAUUGUAAUAUUUCGUCUCGUUUGUAAUUUUUUUUUUUGAAGGAUAUUUGUUAAAAUUAAAAGUGAGAGUGAAAUUUUUUUUUUUAAAUAUGCUGAAUCGCAUAACACAAUUUAGAACGUGAUGUAGUUUGCCCUUAAAAACACUGCCUGAAGAAAAGGAGUCGUGCCUCAAACAAAGCAUGGGAACCUCUGAUAUAACAUCUUCAUUUGCGUUGUGCUAUUUUUUUGGAUUAAGCUAUAAAUAUGCUACACAGUUCUUUUUUUUUUCAAUUAGCGAGAUAAGCGUCAGUGCUAUCUUGUCCAGCGUCAGAUUAAGUGAAGACACUCGUUAAGUCCUGCGACGGGAAAAAAUGAUCAGACACUAGAAAUGACACGUGGAAAGAAUGCAACGAAGACUGAAACCGGAAAUGAUAAUAUUCUUUAAAAAAAAAGAACUACAACUGUAACAAACUGUAAGCCAUUUACAUAAAAGUUAUCCUAAGCCCAACUACGUUAAAUGGAUUCUACUGUAUAAUAAUCACACCUUGAAGGAAACCUCGUUAAAACUAUUUAAAAAAAACAAUAUAAAUAAAAGAUGGACCAUUAGCAAAAGUGCAGCCUUCCCUGCAGUUGUAAUAUCCAAUCUGCAAUCAUUCAAUACAAUCUAUCAUUUCUUAUGUUUUAGAAAGCGGUUUAGUACUUAAUGGAAAGCUUAUUUUUAGACACGGUUAUUUCAUAUUUAGUUGUUGUUUUUUUAAAAAAUGUUUAGUCAUCUAGUAUUAAAAUAUUGUUUAGAAUGUAAAAAAAAAAAAAAUUAAAAAAAGCAAGCACCACCCCCCCCCCACUUUCUUUUUGCUUUGAUUUAUGUUACUUCAAUACCUACUGCUGAUAAAGUUUGAGAGGGACGUAAUAUAUAAAUAAAAAUAAAUUUUUAUAAUUAAAGAUAUUGACUUUUUUUUUAUACUUCAGUUGACUUAUUGGUGAACCAGACAUGGCCGCGUCAAGGAACCAGUUAAACCUGGUGGUUCUCAAACUACAGCUGCUGGAAGAUGAGCUGGGGAAGCUGUACGAAGGAGUGGAGCGCUACUGUAACGAUGUAGGUGUCGAUACCCUUGUUGAAAGUUAUCUCUUGUAUCAACAGUUGAAAUGAAUGGUGGAGUCGUGCUAAAUUCAUUGUCAGGAGGUGCUGUACGUUGUAUUUGCCAAAUGUGCUUUAUGAAGAAAAAAAAAAUCUAAAAUGUCAUGAAGCAGAAUGAGUUACUGAAGAGGCUGUGGACCGAUGCCAGUGUGUUCUUGGAAAUAACAGUUUUAUUCGCUCUAACAGUAUGGGACGAACCGUGGAGAGAAUGAAACAAUGAAGCGGAAUUAUGUCCCCUUUCCAGAAGAUGAAGUAUUUUAAAAAAUGAAUUUAAGCAUUGCGAACACGUUCUCAGCAUAUUGUAAUGUAACUCCGAUAAGAAAAUACUGAUUGAAAAUUUACGGAUACUAUGAAGCAUUCUUUAGUGGCACUCGAGCCUAGUUUAAUAGAACCACAGCAUACUGUAAAAGAAAUGGUCAUGUUAUAAAAGAGCUCCAGUCUAAUGUAAUGCACCUGCCGCCCAUUGAAAUAAAACUCCAGCAUAUUGUAAUACAACUCCAGCAUUUUGUAAUACAAGUCCAAGAUAGUGUAAUACAGCCCCAGAAUAUUGUAAUACAACUCCAACAUUUUGUAAUACAACUCAAGAAUAGUGUAAUACAGCCCCAGAAUAGUGUAAUACAACUCGAGCCUUUCGUAAUACGCUACAGGCGUUUACAAAUAGCAUGCUGUUCUCACAACCAAUAAAUAUUGGGUUCGCAAACUCUAGCCCAUACACAUUUUCAUCCGGGCCACCUGGCUUCAAUUGGCUUAAAUAUUGCUGUCUUAACAGUUCCAUAUGUCGUGUAGACAUUUAUUUGGUAACAGCUCGACAUUAAAACAAUAUACAAGAAAUUAUAUUUUGUAUUUAAAUUGAACAAUUAAAACAGUCAAGCGAUAUUUAAACAAAUUGUUCCAGAUUAAUUAUCAUAUUAAAAUGUGUAUUCAACAAAUUAUUAUGUUUUUCACGGUGCCCUGACGUGAAGAGACCCUUACGCCAACAUAUUUUAUUGGAUCAUUUUAUUUAAACAAUAAUAAUUAAUAUAUUUUUUUAUCGAUUUUUAGCCACUUGAAGUAAGGGGCGAGUUCAGUUAACACGGCAGUGCAUGUCCUCGCGGUCAUUGUUUAUUUAGUGAAACCAUCACAAACUUAACAUAUGCCAAAUCGUAACUUUUCACGAAUGUUAACAUUUGUUAAUAUGGUUCAAAUUAAUAUUGUAACUAUGAAACUAAUCUUCCGGCUUCUGUACUAUUUUUUUUUUUUUUUUCCCCCCCCCCCCCCCCUCUUUGGUUUCUAGAUCAUCAACAAGGGAGCAGAGAGCAUCAGUAGGCGAGGCACACGAGACGGAGCCAUCAACGAGUUCCUCGUGGCGUACGAACACACUCUGAGAUUCAUCAAGGAGAAGAUCAAACAGAUGGAGAAAUACAGUAAAUUCACUUCUUUGGGUUUUGUAGGAAACACUCUACGUAGGGAAAAUGUACUUGGAGGCAGCGGUCCCACACCAGCAGCCAUUUUGUUUUCUAUAUAUUAAGUGGCGGCGCUGGUUGUUGUGUUUUUUUGGGCCUAGUGCAAAAAAAAAUAUUUUUUUUAAACAAAUAGAGGUUGGGGGGGGGGUGCGGGGGGGGCAGAGCCUGUUGGAUUUUACCAAUUACUUCACAUUUCUUUUAAAAAAUAGUCAAAUUUAGGUUUGGAAAACGUUCACUAGUUUAAAAAUAAAUGACUUUAAUUCAAAAAAAAAAAAAAUUUAAUUCAAUACCUUCACCCCCCCCCCCCCAUUUUUUAAAAAUUUAACUUAAAAGCGUAAUUAAGCGCGAAAAAAAAAGACACGAACAGUCUAGCUUUUUUUGAAAAUAUAUUAAACAAAGAUCUGGUAUGUUUUAAGUCAAGUAAAACAAAAAAUUCUGGGGGGUAAGCAUCUUUUAAAGAAAUUUUGGUCAUAGGUUAGUUAUAUUGAACUUUAAAUACACAAAUGACGCUAGUUCGUUGUUAAAAAAAACAAAAAAAUCAACAACACACAACACAUUUUUCCCCGUCCCUCAAAUCUAUCCUUCUCAUUGCAAGUAUAUUCUUAGCAGUGUAAAAAAAAACGAUUUUGUAACAAAUUAUGUGUAGCAUUGUAUGAUAAUUAUUUCACCUUAAACAUAUUAUAAUAAAUAAAUGUUUUCAGCAAGGGUCCCGCGUAUAACGCAGCGCGUGUCCAAGACCGGGCCCUCAGAAACUCCGAUGUUCAAAGUCAUCACCAACCUGGAGACAUUACGUGACCUCAAGCGGCAGUUUCAUCAAAUGAUAACAAACCUAUUAUCAGAGGUCAGUGGGUCAUGGCGUUGUUCAGGAUCUGAGUGAUAUUUUUUUUUUUUUUUUUAAACUCUAGAGCAGUGCUUCCCAAACCUUAAUUUCUUCUGUGGACCCUAAUGAUUAAGUUUCACGCCCUAAAAAAAGAAAAUACUUAUUUUUUACUGCAUAUAUAUAUAUAUAUAUAUAUAUAUAUAUAUAUAUAUAUAUAUAAUUUUAUAAAAUAAGCAAAGCAAUGUUUAGAAAAAAUAUAGAAUGCAUCCUGGUAAUUUAAUUUAUCAAUAUGAAUUUUAAAAAAAAUAAAACUCUCGUUUUAAAGUGAAAAAAAUUAUUAUUUUUUUUAAAACUUUAGAUGAUGUCUAUGGGCAAACGGUUCAUAAAAAAUCAAGAUCCCAAGCGACUUAACCACGACGAACAAAAAUCAUAUAAAGACAGAACAACAUCUGGGCUCUACGCUGACCGACUUGAUAGCGAUACGUUCAUGGAAAGUUCCAUUCCACGUAGGGCGAGUCUGGACGUUCGAUCGAGCCGAGAUAAACAGGUCCCCGUGUUUGACUCAAGGAGGGGCAGCCUGGACUUAAGAUCGUCCCGAGAUGGUCGCAGAACGGGUUUCGAUGCACAAAAAGAUGUACCGCUACGUUUCAAAAGCGCAUUUCAACCCCUUUACCCCAGGCUGGAAACGCAGCAAGAAAUUCAAAUUCCGAAGGCACAGGUUAAGGAUGAUCUAAACAGAGCCGGCCAGGACGGUCAGAUAUCCCUGCUGGACUUACCAAGACUGGGUUUCGCAGAAGUAAAUCGUCACCUGGAGUCUUGUCUACUCUUCGUUAUGGACAUACGACUAGAAUUUGGAGGUACACAUUUGUUUACAAGUGAAUUAAUUUGAUAUAAUUUUUUUUUAAAUAAAAAUAUUUUUUGUCUUUCAACCAAUGUCUUGAAGAGGGAACCACAGCCCUAACCUUUUUAUUUAUUUGUAAACAAUUUCUUAAAACGAUGUGUACGUGGUAAUCUUGAUAGAACUUAUUUUAAAUCUCAUGUUUUACGGAAGUAGGUUUCUCAUUGUCCGUAUUUUUAAAAAAAAAUUAUCAUUUAUAUUAACUUUGCUUUUGCUCGUGGCUGGCACAAUUUUCGGUCGGUUAAUUGACCUACUUGCCGUCAACCUAUCGAGCUGAAACUUGGCACAUGUCGAUGACAACGUAUUCUUUCAAAUUUUAGUCCCAACCUCUAAAAAUUAGUUUUUUUCAUUUUUGUCAAGGAAGGUUGAAGUAAAUAUUAUGAUACUGAUUUCAUGAUAUAUAAAUUCCUAAAAAUGCGCUAAAUGUGAUUCUGUAAAAAAGAAAAAGAAACAUUGGCGUGUAAUAUUCUAUAGUUUUUUUUUCUAAACUUGUUCUUUAAAAAAAUCUGCGGUAGCAAGCCUUGUUUGAUGGAGUGGGUGGUGGGGGGAGGGGGGGGGUUGAGGAAGAGCACUAAUUGGGAUGAUCAUCAAGAGUGUUACUUGAAUGCAUGUUUUGUCAAAUUUUCCACCCCACAUCACAUUGAUCGAUAUUACAUUAAAAAAAAAAAUCAUACCGAAAAGCUUUGUUUUUGAGGUUAAUUUUUUUUCUCCAAAUAAUUAUAUUGGCUAUUACUAUUAUUGUUUUAGAGCACGAGGAAUUCAACAUAGAGGACGUCCUAUCAAUGCUUCAUGGCGGUGGAGUCAAGCAAAUGCUGACAUCUACAUCCAACUCAUCUCCAGCAGCAUCUUCUCAACAGAGCCAAUCGUUAGGUAAGAUGUGCGUGUCUUUUGAACGCUGAUGGCGCAUACUUAACUUACCUACAGAACAAGGAAAACUUACCCCUUGAUACAUUAUUAAACUCUCAGAAACGAUGGCACCACAUUAACGAUAGUGCCCAAUCAGCGACAGUACAAUAGAAUCGAUAGUGCCAUGUAAACGCUAGUGUCAUGCAUCGUAUAGUAUUAUAUAAAAGAUAUUACCACGAUAAUUCCAUUUCAACGAUACUACCAUUAUAAACUAUAGUAUCCUAUAGAGCAUGUUCCUUUAAAGGUAAUGUGUGUCUUCUUUUAGUGUGUUCUUUUAGGACCGAAGUGAUGGUGUCACAAUGCUCUCACCGUGUUUGUGCAUGUAGUGACAGUAAACACAAGUUUGUGACGCAAUGUUUAACGCGCAUAUCAUUGUGGGGUAGUUCUGUGUUCUCGUCCACGAAUAACAUGGAUGGAUCCACAAUAGGGACAAAACUAAGCACUGAGUUCAUGGACGGAUGAUUGAUUACUGCCUCAUAUAAUGUUCCUUAAAUAGAAACGCUCAAACAAUAUGCCGUAGCUGUAUUUGGUGUAUUAAAUUAUUACAUCAAGAAAUGGCGUCAGCGGGGCGAGUUUGCACUCUUUAUGCCCCCCCAAAUUAUCCCUCCCCGGCCCAACGUAUCGGGCCGCGGAGCGGCACGUUGGAGAUGCCCCCUCGUCAGCACAGCCCCCACCCGGGCCCCUUUGGUGUAAUAGAAAUACUCAAUUAAACGAUUCUUUACUACUUACUUUAAUCCCCAAAUUCUUGGCUUUAAACAUUUCAGAAAAUCUAGAGAAGAGAAUAGGGGCCCUGGAGGCCAUCGCUCGGGCCAAAACAUCAGAAGAAGAACUUGUACCCAAAACGCUUCCACCGGCUGAUACAGAAAGGCUCAAUAUCCCAUCGCAGAAUUGCGAAGGUUGUGACCUCAAAGUGAGACAACUGGAGGAGCGGCACCGCGUCCUGGCUAAAGAUUACGACGACAACAUGCCGCUGGUGAAGAACUCGAUCGCGAUGAUCGUCCAGGAGAUCGAAGAGCUGAACGAGAGGUUCGAUUCGUUCAAGCGAAUCUUCGCCGCGAGCAAGUCGGAAAGCCAGCGGAUGCUAACCACCAUCGGCAGGCGCAUGAGCGACGUGGAGUGCAAGGACAGCUCUAAGAGAUUAAGCUGCGGGGAGGGUGCGGAAAAAGGAGUUGGCCAGGGGAGGAGGCUGAGCACGCCCGAAGGGAGCACCUCGGAUAACGGAAGUGGGGUGGCGCGUGCCGAGGUUACGCUGUCGUAUAACGGAGACGACGUCUUUGAAGAGGAAAUCAAAAGUCACGCGAACGGCGUAGGUAAAGGAGAGACAGACGUAACACUGAGCGUGAAGAGUGGUGAGGAGAGUGUGACGCGAGACUCGAGGAGUUUACUGGACGUUGAGGAGAGAUUGCUGGCCAGAUUGAGAGAAGAGACGAAGAAGGAUUUGUCGGGGGCCGUCGAGCAUAUUCAGGAAAUUGAUGCGAAGGUAAGACUUUUUUUUAGGGUGAGGGAAUAGCCGUCUAUCCUUUCUAUUGCCAUUCCUUGUAAAUAAUCGAUAGUUAUUAAUUACGAUUAAAAUAAGAAUAAUUAUUGUAUAAAAUAAUUGAAGUAAAUAGCAAAGCAACCAAUUUAUCUUUUUUCUUUUGGUUGCUGAUUCAUUACAAGGAAUGCCGUUACAAAGGCAUAUUUAUAUAUAUAUNAUAUAUAUAUAUAUAUAUAUAUAUAUAUAUAUAUAUAUAUAUAUAAUUUUUGUAAUAAGUAAAUAAUCUAGGUUAUUUAAAUAUCCAAAUAAAAACAACAUACCACUGUAAAUCUUAAAUGCUUGACCCAAAUGGAAAAAAAAAAAAACUUCAUACAUUUCCUGGUCAAGAAAUCACAAUAUAUUUUCAUGAGAGAUUUAUUGAAACAUGACGUUGUGCGCUCUUGAAAUAAGAAAGGUAUACCGUCAAAUCACUGACAACGCAAAUCGAUGAGAAACUAGCGUUAGCGAUAAUCACAUGUUAAAAUUCUGCCGACGAUAACAAGACAUGUUAAUACAUAAUUUAGCAAACUUUUUUGGAAAUGGCUACCUAAAGCCAUUUUCUUUUGUGAAAGAUAUACACUGUUGUACUGAUUUAAUGUUUAGCUGACUGUUUUUUUUUUAAAUGUGUUAUUAUUACAAACAGAUCUUAUCAUCAAAUGUUGAAAACUACGAUUAAGCAUAAGUGGUUUACCUGGUUGCGUGUUGAGAAAUAUCACAACACAAUGACACAACUCUCAGGCCAUCGACCAAUCAAGGGGGAUUAAUCACGUUGUAAGUGGGGUGGGGGGGGGUUCUUUACAGCAUUAUCUACCCUUUAUUGUUUUGUUUUUAAAGAAAUGCAGUUAAUUGAUCCCCCAAUCUCCCCCGCCCCCCCUUUUUUUUUCCCUCACCAACAGCUUAAUGCACUGCAAGAAUUACAAAAGGAGUUGGUGGAAAAGAUAUCUUCUUCGUGUAAGUAUUUACAGAUCACAAACCUAAGUGACAAAUAAUGUUUAAUGGAUAAUAUUUAAAAUAAUGUUUUGUCGAUCCUUUGUAUAGUGUGUGUGUGUGUGUCUGCGUAUGUGAUAUCUUGUUACUUUUUUCUGCUUAAUUUGUGUCAUAAUAGAAAUGUUCACUGUAAGCCUAUACAUGCCUUGGUAUCUGUCGUCUCCUAACGUGUUCUGAGUUGUUGUUUUUUUUUAUUUGGUUAUUUUAAUCAUGUCUGCUAACUUCUUUUCUUUCUUCCCUUCCUCUCUGCCAGCGGUGCUCAAAGAGCCUUUCACAGACAACAACAAAAACAUGAACAACUAAAUCAAGAGUGGUGCUCACGCCGUCGUGAGAGGGUUCUUUCGUUGGGAGUGGCAUUACUUAAAGUCCUGUGCAAAUUGUCCUAUUUAUCUCAACAACAACAAAAAGACGUGGCGGUGUCUUACAGCAACAAACAAGGAUAAAAUUAACAUGUGCCCAACAACAAACAUGUAGCCCACUAUAAACAUGUAACAUUCGAAACAUAUGUAGCCACUGCAAACAUAUAGCCCACUACAAACAUGUAGCCCACUACAAACAUGUAGCCCACUAUAAACAUGUAGCUCACUAUAAACAUGUAGCUCACUACAAACAUGUAGCCCACUACAAACAUGUAGCCCACUACAAACAUGUAGCCCACUAUAAACAUGUAGCUCACUAUAAACAUGUAGCUCAC